AUGAAAUAUCAUUCAAUUGUUGUUGUAUUGGCCGUUCUGGCCUCUACUAGUAUGGGUGCUACUUUCAAGAGAAAAGCUGAUGCCGAGGCCAAUCACGAAAAGCGUGAUGCCGAACCAUACUACUACUAUUACAAACGUGACGCCGACGCAUCCCCCGAACCAUACUACUAUUAUUACAAACGUGAUGCCGAUGCAUCCCCCGAACCAUACUACUAUUAUUACAAACGUAAUGCCGAGGCUAACCAUGAAAAACGUGAUGCGAACCAAGAAAAGCGUGACGUCAAAAAAUGGAAGCGUGAAGCCAACAAAGAGAAGCGUGAUGCUGAACCAUACUAUUACUAUUACAAACGUAACGCUGACGCAUCCCCCGAACCAUACUAUUAUUAUUACAAACACAUCGAUUCUUCAAAAUUUGUAAAUAAAUUCCUUUUAUAG